CUCCUCCUCCUCGCAGAGCUUUGAAGCGGGCGGACUGAUGUUCAAACAGUCCAGUGGGCGGGACCCUAGCAAACGUUUCCAGCGGGCGUGACUCGGACAAGCGAGUCCGGCACGGCAUUUCGAAGGCAGGCUUUCCAGGAACCCAAGAGGGCGGAGACCGAAUGGCGAGUCCAGCGAGCGAGACUCGAGCCAGCGAGUCGGGGGCGCGAGGCCGUGGAGGUCAAGGCACUCGAGCGGCGUACGCCAUGCGACGCCGCUCGUCGACCAGCUGGAAGUGUCCGGGCUUCUCCCAGUUGACCUCCGAAUAUUUGCCCGUUCGACCGCCCCCGUUCGCCAGUUGACCUUGGAGAAUGGCCAGUUGACCUCGGAAAGUCCCCGUUCGCCCAGCGUUUUCCUGGCUCGCCCGUUCUCCGCACCAGAGCGGAUCUCGCCUGCUGUAAUCAGCAUUCCUCUUUUUCAUGGCUUCACGAGCCCGCUUGCAAACCCCUAGUGGCCAAGUGUGCUCAGCGACACAAUUGGAGCCUCGGAGCACCUUCAAACGGACCAAGGUUGCAGCACUGGUGCUGCCCAGACGACUGGCGAGCGCCGAAAUUAUGAGCUCCUACGCCACUCCGAGACGUCCCAGCCAAAACGCAGCGGGGCACGGAAGGUGGCAGGAAGCUCAGCGUCGCCGCACGGAGGCGGGCCAAACUGGCCAAGCCAGGAGGGCGUCUGCGCCACUGCUACGUGGCCUGGCAUGGGCCCCAGUAAGGGGAAGUGGAGGUGUUACAGAUCUCGUCGCCCCACUGACCGCGGGAGCUCGGGAGGAGGAGGAGGAGGAGGAGGAGGAGGAGGAGGAGGAGGAGGAGAGGAGGGAUGGGAGCGAGGGCGCGGAUGGGAAGGACAAACUAGCAGCCCGCAAACCAUCUAGAAGCUGGCUAGCGGGAGCACAGUGCCAAGUGAAGGAACGAUCCCUUGCCAUUCGAUCCGCCACCUCGCGCUGCCGCCCCUGGUGUGUAUGUGUGUCGCCCCUCAAGUGCAUCCAAGUCCAAGAAGAUCCUGACCCACCAGAUAACUUCCAAGAUCGUCGCGAGCACUCGCUCCUUCUGGGGGGGUGUCACAAUGGCGCAAGCCACUUGAACAGUGGAGGCGGGUCGCUGCCGCUGGAGCCCUUAGAAGUGGGGCGCCACGGCAUCGUAGAGGAUGCCGCAGACACCGCACACCCACACCUUCUGGGGACCGUUCUCGCAACCGUUGCCCUCCUGCGGCCUGACAUCCCAGCCGCACUGCUUCUCCUCGUCGUCCCUCCGGUGGAGGCGCACGUUCCCAUCCUCGCCCCAAGACGGGCCCCAAGAAUUUUUGAUGGCCCAGUACUUCACGGGGCCGAUGCGGGUCUUCUCCUUGAUGCCCCAGGCGAACAGCGUCACCGCGUGGUUGAUCACGUUGAGCGGGUCACAGCCCUCCUGCGUCAUCACGCCCCCGCUGUAGUAGUGCCAGUGCUCGCCCACGGCAACGGCGACGUAGAGAGGGCCGUCCACCAUGAGGCUCCUCAUGAUGGGCUCCUCCUUGUUCUCAGGGAACUUUGUCCAUCCCCGCAUGCCGAUGGUCAUGCCCCUGAGCUCACUCUCAGAUGUGCCGACGAGGUGGACCUCGUUGCCGUCCAUGUCGAGAACGCCCCGGGUGGAAACCUCGGACUCGGUCCUGAGGUUCGCAGGGCAGCUGUCCUUGGGAUCUCUUCCCACACUGGAGAACCUGCUCCUCAGCGACUGGAAGGCAUCUGGGCUGGACAGCCCCUUCUGCAGCACGUACUCGUACGCGAGCUCCGCGGUGGCGCCGUCGCAGCCGCCGGUGCCGCCGCACUUGUGGGGGUUCGGGGUGCAGGAGAUGAGCUGCAGUGCUGAGAACCUGUUGGGAAUCCCUUUGAUCUCCGCGCGGGCCCUCAUCGCCAUGGUAGAGGCCAUGGCCCAGCAGCUGCCGCAUGAAUCUCCCUGGUCUUCAGCUGGGGCCGCGAUGCUGCUCAGAUUCGCCCAAGAGAACUCGCUGGGCAUCACCGUGUCGUGGAAGAUGUUGCGGCGAGUUGCCAGCAAGGAAGGAAAGUGCGUUAUGGACUCGGCCUUUCCACUGCGGCUCGGCUUGUGGCCGCGCAGCAUCAUCAGCUCCUCGGGCGUCCUGUCCGACAUGUGGUUGACCCUCUCCGUCCAGAGCGGGCCGUUCGGCUCCGAGGCCGCGCAGUUGUGCGCGCGGAUCGCCGCCUGCCGAUCCUCGAAGAGCGCAGCGCGGAUCCUGUACUCCGCGGAGUCGCGAUCGUACCUCCGCUGGUACUUCUCCACGUACUCGUCGAAUGUGAUCGGCAUGCGGAGGCAGCCAGCCACUGCCGCCUCCUGGAAGGCGGCGUCGGCGACAGCCUCGAGGGAGUGGGCCGACACGCUCCGGCCGGCGGAUAGGGCCCUUGCCACCGCUCCCAGCGCGGAGCUGGCCAGAAGCACGCGCGCGGCCACGGCCAUGAGGAGAGCACCGUGCUCGGGCGAUGCUUGUGAUAAAAUGGAAAGGUAGUGCGGCUUACUCGGCGUGACGAGCCAAAAGCGUACCAGGUUGAGUAUGGCUUAACUUGGUGAACGCAGACGGCUGCAAUGAGCAGGACGAGGGGUGCUCAAUGAGGUGAGGUUGAAUGGAAACGGAUGAAAACUUCGCUAGGCCAACGGGCGAGAGGCGUACUAGAAUCUCCGGCAACGACCCAGG